CCUCUGCCUUCGCUUCCGUCUCUGCAUCUGACGCAGAUUCUGACUCGGCUUCCCACUGCUCUGCUUCUGACUCUGCUUGUGACUCAACUUCUGACUCAACUUCUGACUCAACUUCUGACUCUGAUUCCGACUCUUCAAGUUCUCUUCCUGUGACGAGUGCCCAGACACACUGCGCAAAGUCGAGAAGCUGUGAAGUCUUCCAUAAAUGGAUAUGAAAAACAGAGAGCACUGUGUCGGCUUCAAAGACGUCACGCCUGACAUUGAAAGCUGCUUUCCAGGCGUCAAUGGCAUCGCCUAUGAAUUCGGGACUCGCCAUGCUCCAAAUUGGAAAAACUCAAACUGAUUGCAGGCGUUCUUCAGAACCUGGCCAGCCACCCGUAUGCAGCAUUAGUGGCAAGAUGGCACGACCACCAUAGGAAAGAAACGGAAAGAAGGGCGCCUUUCCAACCAGGAAAACAAGCAGCUUGCUGCGAGAGGCACAGAAAUGUUGAGAAUAGAACGCCUCUUGUCCUGGCAGCCGCAAAGGAUCUCUUGCAGAUGCAUCAUGCAGGGCAGGGACAGGGACCAGCAGGGAGAGCCCCAGCAAGAUUCCUCAGCAGAGAGGGAGCAGAACAGUGGGAGCAGACUCAUCUGAGGACUCUUGCAAGAGAGGCUGUCUGCAGGUGGUGUGCCAUCAUGGUGCUAACAAAAGUCCUUACAGCCCCAUCAGCAUCGCAACUGAAUCCAAUGCUGGAAGAACUGAGCGGCGCACGUCAUCUAUAUGUCCUUUUCCUGGGAAGCCCCGUUGCAGAGGACAAACCAAGCUGGUGCCCUGACUGUGUGCGUGGGGAGCCUGAGAUCCUCAAAUCCCUCGCCGCUUCCUCAAAGCACAUCAACCUUCUACGGGUCUAUGUCGGAGACCGUCCAACAUGGAGAGACCCAUCUCACCCACUAAGAACAGAUCCAAAGCUGUCCCAGUUUAUCAGAGGCGUGCCCAGUCUUGUGAGUUGGGGCAGUGACGGUCCUCUGAAGAGCCUGGGCGAUCAGGAAGCUCAGGACCAAGAGUUGGUUAGGCAGCUUGUAGGUUGACCAGCACGGGUUACGGCGCUCUUUUGAUUUCAGUAGGUGCUGCGCGGUUUAUGAGACGGGUGUACAUUAUAGAUUGAUAGACAGCGAUACUGUGACCCACGGCACUAGCUUGUAUUUUUGAACUUAGUCGCGGCCCAGAUCUUAACAAACGUAAAUUGUGGGCUAUUGGGUACUAUAUCAAUGACUGAAAGAUCGACCACUGCCAGCAUUUGGCAUGCAAUGAUGGCUGGCAUACUCG